GGAUGACCAUUUCAGUUAUAAAAACUGCUGUCAAUAUGGGUCCUGUAUAAAAAAUAAAUGAAUAAAUAAAUAAAAACUUAAUUGAAAAAAAAAAAGAAACUAUAUACGAAACGAGAAACUAUAUAUCUGUACGAAACUGGUAUACAUUACAUAUAAUCAAUAAAAAGAGUAGCCUCUUUAUGAACAAAACUACAAAAAAUCAUUAAAACUACAUACAACCAUUGAAAAGGGUAGCCCCCCAAAGUUGAUUUUUGUUGCGUUUAACUAAGGUGCCGAGAUCUCUGCAAAGCGAGCGAGACCAGCUCAUGUAGUCAAGCCCUUAGUUCUAUAGCCAGAUUUUACGGCCUCCCCCUUGACCUUACCGAUUUUUCAAUGCCCUGAACACACACAUAAAAUUUCAGCCCCACGCACAUUUUCAUACCCCCUUUUCCCUUAUCCACGUUCUCGUCAUACAAAUAUUAUCAAAAAUAACCGAAAAACAAUCCUAAACUGAAAGCCUAGCAAAGUUUAAAAUAAGUACAAGUAUGUUUUCGACUAUUGAUAGGAUCUUUCACAACCAGCCCUUCAUUUCAACGGACUGUAUCUACACUCCAACAACUAUCUCACUGCAACACCUAAAAUCACUUUUACCUUCCGAAAAAAUAAUUUUUAGUUACUUCAUAUUAAAUUCUACGAGAAACCAGUUUCACCGAUGGACAAACUACAGCCAUUAUCUUAUUAAUCCACGUCCAAUAUGAAGUCUCAACCAACCCCUAAAAUAUACAACGCAACUGCUACUCACACAAUGCUUAGUACCUCGACGCUCAAAUGUAUGCUCCCACAGCGUCUUGUUAUCUUUAAUCCAAGAUACAGGUGCGCUCGGAUCAAAAGACAGAUUUUCGGGCAACUAUCUAGAGGGCAAACGAUUCUUUACGAUUGGAAAAUUUUCAAAAUUUCGAGAUCUUUACGAUUCUAUGGCCUGUUUCAAACGUCGUGCUACUGCAGUGCUAAGCUGGCUCGACUGUAACUUGACUGCAGCACGACACUAGCACGACUUGGUUUCAGACGUGGAAUUUAAUUCUGUGGAAUUGAACGGCUGUUGCCGAAAACAAAACGCAAAAAUAAAGAAACGGUUUAGCAAACUUUUAAAUGCAUUCUAAUGUAUUUAUAAUGUAUGAACUGAGUUCGAAAUUGAAAUGAAAAUAUUGAAUUAAAAUUCGACUUUAACACGACGUUUGAAACCAAGUCAAGCUACUGCCGCGUAGCACGGCUUGGUUUCAACCGUCGCGCUACUACCGUGCCAAAGUCGAAUUUAAUUCGAUCAGUUGAGUUCGGCACGGCAUUAGCACGUCGUUUGAAACGGGCCUAUGACACUUACAGAAAAUUCAGUGACCAUUAAUUAUUUGGGCGUCGCCGUUUUGAUUCAAAGUUGCAAUAGGCACGCAAUACGUGCUAACGUAAACAAACCAAGUAAACAAGCCAAGCGACGCGAAUACCUACCGCGCGAUGUGUCACGACACAGCAUUUAUCCUCGUUACGUACGUCCCAAAGAUAACGCACAAACAAAUUGGCAGUAGAAAACAAACGUAUUGAAAAAACAAGGUACACUCAGAGUGAAACAAACUAUUAAAUAAUUUAAAGUAUCCCUUUGGAAAAUAAUUGUCCUCGAAGCACACGAUGUGAAUGUUUUUUUCCUUCAGACCAUUGCUAGUGGUCAAUGCCGUUUCCACGGGUUUGGCCUCUUGCCCAGAGUUUGACAAUAUUUUUGCCCUCAGUUUUUGAGAGCCAAACAAGAUGUCAAGGAAAAUUCCUGAUCGUGCACGAGAUAAAUAAGGGUAUCAUUGAAUGAUCCAUAAUUUCAUUGCAGAUUUUGGGAGAGGAGGUGAUAUCAUAUCUUAAAAUCUUAUUGAGCAAAAUGAUCUCGUAAACAAGUUGCGUUCUUUCACGUUCGAACCAUUAAUUAAAGGGACAGAGUCCAACAUCUUCCAUGCAAACUGCGUGCGUGACAGUUAUUUUUAAAACCCUUGGGUAGGUUAACUCGUAUUCUCAUACACGAACCACGAAAGCGACAAAUUCCAAAGCUUUCCCGUGCAAACUGCGAGACAAUAUUACUCACAGUAAGGGCCCGAUCACAUAAGCUGGGCUAGCUAGCUCUGCCUAAGUGACUUUUAUCCAGGUAAGAAGCUUUUUCACUUACGUGACCAGCAUCUAUUCAAAUUUAUGGGAACAAAAGAAAGCGUUUACAUGAGAAAAGUUCCCACAGGACUGGUUUGAAACACCAAUAUGGCCGCCGUGACGUCAUGUAAAAACGCUCUAUUACAUGAAAAGGGCCAGCCCGGAGCCGCCAUUUUUAUAUAGAGAUUGGAAGCAAUGCGCUUUAGCAGGGUUAUCAUUAGAUCCCAUCGACCGUAGCCUCUUCGGACACCUCAUGAAAUUUACACAACGUAGUUUUCCCCUUUACCUGUUAGGGUUAAGCAAUAUUUAACAAUUAUUCCACAAGUGCGCGUUGGAUAUGAGUUGGCUAUAAUCAUCUCAUAUCCAACAAGCGCAAGUGGAAUGAUAAACGCCCCCCAAAUAUUGAGGGUUCUUGCCGAGUUUUCUAUUUGUAAAAACAACCGAUUUUCAGCUUGUUUUAAUUUUGAGCAGACCCGUAGUUACCAUAUUUGGAGAACAUUAUUUUUGGUAUAAUGAACUAUAAUUAUACCAUGAUGGCGAAGCCAAUCAGAGCUCUAGAAUUACAUUAUCCAAUGAUUCAGUUUUUAAUUAUAACAGUUAUCAACAUUUUCUGGUAAAUUCAGUUUGGUACAGAGGCGUUCGAUCCCUUACUGGUCACCGGAUUUAACGCGAGGUCAGCAUUUACGAUUCCCUCGCCGCGAAAGAAGAACGAUGAACGUCUUUUAAAACUUUACGUCCAACUAGAGAAAGCAUCUGUUUCUGAACUUUUUAGCUACAAUCAUGGACAAAAGUCUUGGGACACUUUUGCGUUUCUGGGGUGUUUUCCAGUUCACACAGGUCCAACCCCUCCCAUCACCCCACAAAAAAUGUUGGACGCGUCUAGCCAGAAUUUUUUCCGAAUUUAAACUUUUUAUAGGGUGGGGGGAGGGAGAAGUGCAAGAAAAUUUCGAAAAUGAUGCACUGUUUUAAGUGGGAACCGAGAAAUCACAGAAAAAUAUGAAUACUGCAGUACUGUCCCAAGGACUUUUGUCCAGGAUUGUAGUUGGACCACGUACGUGAUCGUUCGACAGCGCUUUAUUUCUCUAGUCAAAAAAUGUACCUUUUACGAAUCAAAAAUUUUCGAAACGGAUUUACCCCUUAAAUUGACUGAAAAGACUGACCGCAUCUCGUCAACUUUUCAUUACUCGCACCUCCCAACUCACAACUAGCAACUUCACAACUCGCAAAAUACUCUUUCGAUGUAAGACACGUAAUUAUAAUUUUUUUAUCACCGUGCAUAUAAAUCGAAUUACAAUGUUUUUAAACUCUGCUUUGAUUUCAGAAAUGACGCUUCACGAUCAGCUAAGAGUGGUAAUCGAGCAGCAACUACUCCGUCACUUCAAUGAGGUAAAGGAUCUGUCUAAACAAGAGCAACUAAGGGCUGAAGAAGAUUACAAAACGAUUCAAGAACUGUGGGAGAAGGGCAACAUUCUGCACAAAGUGGAACGUGCUGUUGAGAGUUCACGUGCUGCUGCUGAAAAACUAGACGAAGUGUGGGCCAAAUGCCAGAUGGCUCAUGCAUGGGGAUCAUUGGCUGGAAUAAUCGGAGGAGGUCUCACAAUCGGAGGAGGAAUUGCGACAAUAAUGACUGCAGGGGUUGCCUCACCUCUCCUUUAUUGGGGAUUAGGUGUGGGAAUCGCUGGAGCCGGUACAAACGUAGCGACAAAAAUUUUAGAGGUAAUUCGAAAUUCGCGUGAAAUUAAAGAAGCCGACGAGGAUAUCAAGGAGGCCCUAGAAAGCUUAAGAAAAGCGAAGAUUACAAUUCAGGAUGUGUUGGAUAAGAAAAACAAAUCCUACGUGCUGUACAUCUUCAAACUCGCAUGUAAAUCGCCUAGCCCGACUUGGAAGAUCCUUGCUACUUAUUUGUACUCCAGAGGGAUAAUAGAUGCAAUGGUUUUCGAAGCAUGCCAGGCUGGUGUUCAUGCAGCAGCACAAGGAACACAAGCAGCGGGCCACGCCAGUGCACAAGGCGCUAUGAAGGCAAGUGGACAAGUGGCUGAUGAUGUGAUACAAGUUGGUGUUAAAUCAGGCAGUCGAAUGGCGGGUAAAGUGAUGCUCAUUAGCGUCAGCGCUGCUAUGUUGCUGUGGGAUGCCAUAGAUCUGACCUGGACGAUCUACGAUCUGGUCAAGAACAAGGGAUCUGAAGCGGCAAAAGAUUUGAGGAAAAAGGCCGACGAACUCGAAAAAAUUUACAUUGACGUCUGAGACAAUGUCAUAUUGAAAACCGGGUAUGAUUAUCACUCGAUUAUGGCAUCGCAUGAACACUAUAAAGCUUGUCAGAAGAGUCUUUUUACAGAAUUGUUGAUUACUAUCCUUUUAGACAAUUACAUUUAGCCUAUAUUUUUAGAAGUCAUUUUUGUAGAAUCUGGUCAUUAGAAGUAAAUCACAAAGGAUGCCUUACACCGUUUUAGGAACUAAAUGCAACCGCGGAAUCAACUCAAAUGGUAUUAAAAAAGACACUAUAUUAGUUUUAUUUGUAGCUCUUCACUUUUCUAUAACAAAGAAACAAACAACAACCUAUAUUGAAUAUUCAUAGCUAGACAAUAAGUGCGUCGCCUAGAAUAUGUACUAACCAUCUGAUUGAUUUUUAUUUGCAUAGCAAGUCAGUGAAAGACCAUAAUACAUGUCUUAAUCACCUUUUGGGCGUGAUUAAUUAUCACAAAAGCCCGGGCCGGGAUGAAACUCAGUCGGGCGUUUUGAACCGAUGAUGUCUCACUUCAAGAAAUUGCAAUUUAUUACAUUAAUAAAGUUUGGUUUGAGG